GCAACUCUUGCCCCCGGGAGAGGCAAAGGAAGUGGGAAGAGGUGGCCUUUGAAUAAUUCUUCUUUCAAUUCUAUGAAUUAGAAUUCGUGAUGGGGAGAGCUUGUAUUCGACUUAAUGUCAUCGUCGUCGGAGCCGGCCUAGGCGGGCUGGGAGCGGCGAUAGCAAUCUCCCUCGCGGGCCACAGAGUAACGGUUCUAGAGGCUUCUCCUACGGCCGGAGAAAUAGGAGCAGGAAUCCAAAUCCAUCCGAACGCUUCAAAGAUCCUAACAGCAUGGGGCAUGCGCGAAGCCCUCCUCCAAUAUGCCACGCUGCCAAAGCAGGUGAACAUGAUCGGCUGGAAGGGCAACCACAUAAGCCACAUGAAUUUUGCCGAGCACGCAAAAAGGUACAACUCCCCCUUCUGGGACUUUCACCGCGCUUCCCUACACAAGUGCUUGCUGGACCGGGCCGUUGAGCUCGGCAGUAAAGUCCUGAUGAACUCGAGGGUGGACCAUGUGGAGUUCGGGCAGUUGGGCGGCGCGUGCACGGUUUUGCUGCACAAUGGGAGGAGGUUGAGUGCGGAUUUGGUUGUGGGUGCCGAUGGGAUCAACUCCGUCAUGAGGGAGCGCUUAGUUGGGCGCCCGGAUAAGCCUACGCCGACAGGGGAUUUGGCGUAUAGGUUGUUGAUCAAGACGAAGGAUAUGAUGGAGGAUCCCGAGUUGAGGGGUUUCGUCACCGAUCCGCAGGUCAAUUAUUGGAUGGGACCUGAUGCACAUGCUGUUAAUUACGUCCUAAAAGGUGGAGAAGAAUUCAAUAUGGUCCUUCUCGUCCCGGACGACAUCCCCGAAGGUGGUGCAACAACAGUUGAAGGAAAUGUGGACGAGAUGCGAGCAAUCUACAAAGACUGGGACCCAAGGAUAGGAAAGCUCCUCGCCCUCUGUGAGUCAGUCUACAAAUGGAAACUCUGCAUCCGCGAAGAACUACCCAACUGGUCUCACCCCUCUGGCACCUUCACCCUCCUCGGCGACUCCGCCCACGCCACGCUACCCUACCUAGCUUCAGGCGCAGGUAUGUCCCUCGAAGAUGCCGCAGUCCUGGGCGAAUGUCUUUCCCGCAUAUCCUCAAAAUCCGAUAUUCCGCUAGCAUUAUCAGUAUACGAAAAAUGCCGGAAGAAGCGUACCACGAGGAUAGUGCAGAGGGGCAACUUCCAGCAGUACCUCUAUCACCUACACGAUGGGCCGGAGCAGCAGGAGAGAGACGCAAAGAUGAGGAUGGUGCCGACCCCGCCUGGGGAGUGUCUUCCAUGGAGGGAUCCUGGAUUUGCACCUUGGCUGCUUGGGUAUGAGGGUUUGAAGGAUGUCGAGGCAUGUUGGCCGAAGGAUAUGGAGGGGGGGAGAGGGGGGAUAAGGGAGAGGGGUGACGGGGAGAUUCGUGCGAAGUUGUAG